CGUGAUAUUCAUUCCAUGAAAUCAUCAGCGAUUUACCGCCAUCUUGGAAAUAGCACGCCACACUUUGGUGUGACAAAACACCUUUGCUAGUUGCUUGCAAAAAUGUUUUCAGAUCUUUAACCAAAGCAGAAACUAUUUCCAAUAAUUAUGGAGGCCGUAAGAGCGUUCAACAAUGAGUUGUCCUCAUUGUACGAGACGAGGCCACCAAUAUCUCGAGCAAAGAUGGCCAAUGUUACCAAAUGUGCAAUAAAAGCCAUUAAAUUCUACAAGCAUGUGGUGCAGAGUGUCGAAAAAUUUAUACUUAAGUGUAAACCAGAAUACAAAGUACCAGGGCUGUAUGUGAUUGAUUCAAUUGUUAGACAGUCAAGACAUCAGUUUGGCCAAGAAAAAGAUGUAUUUGCUCCAAGGUUUACCAAAAAUAUUGUGGCAACUUUUCAGAAUCUGUUUAAAUGUCCACCAGAGGAACGGAGUAAAGUUGUGAGAGUCCUCAAUCUCUGGCAGAAGAAUGGUGUGUUCAUGAGUGAAGUCAUCCAGCCUUUACUUGAUAUGGCAGCAGAUCCAAACAACCAGCAGUUUGCUGUAGCUGCCCAGAGAGCAGUAGACAAUGUGAUGGCCACAGGAGCAAAGCCUCAUCAUGCAGAGGGAGGGCAGGACACAUCAAUGAAUACCUCACUUCCUCCCGAGGAGGUGGAGGAGAAUCCUGAGAAUUCAUUGGCAGCUCAGACAGAAAUGUUAAACACUGUCACCCAGCUACUACAACAGACAUCACAGGGUUCAACAAGCCUUUCUGCCCAGCAACAACAGUUGCAGCAGCUGCAACUCUUACAGCAGCAGUUGAUACAACACACUCAGCUGAUGCAGCAACCCAGUCAGGGGACUCCUGUUAUAGAUAGCAACCUACUGUCUCAUAUCCAGACCCUCACCAACCAGCUUCUCAAGUCUGGAGAUAAACCCCCAGAACCAGGGUUCAACAGGAAACUUUUGGACUUUGAUUAUGGAGAGAGCGAUGAAGAAGAUGCAGGUCAACACAGCCAACCUUCACACAAUAUGCUGAAUGAGACACACAUGAUGCAGCAAAUCCAGCAACUGUCCCAGACAAUCCAGAAAAACGAGGAACUGAACAGGCAGAAAAUACUUCAGCAGCAACAAGCAGAGUUUGAUCAGCAAAUUGGACAUAUGGGAGGUAUGCCUCCUCAAAUGCACAUGCAACAUGAUCCUCUACAUCAUCAAAUGGGACAUCAGAUGCCCCAAGGGUAUGGUCAUAUUGUGCCUGCUGAACAACCUCAGCAAAUCUUUCCCCCACAGGACAUUGAUGAAAGGCCCCAUCUCCCUCCUGGUCCCCCACCAGAAGAGGAGGAGGAUCAGAGGGAUCGCAGGGACAGAGACAGGGAGGACAGGAGACACAGGAGGUCAAGACAUGAAAGAUCUAGGUCAAGGACGCCAAAGAAAAGAAGAAGAUCCAGGUCAAGGUCAAGAGAUCGCAGAAGGAGGUCAAGGUCAAGAGAAAGACAUAGGAGAUCCAGAUCCAGAGAUAGAGAAAGAGACAGGCAACGAGAAAAAGAAAGGGAGAGAAGAAAGAAAGGCCUACCACAAAUGAAGGAUCAGUGUUUGUCGAUUUGCUCAACAACUUUAUUUAUUGGAAAGAUAUCCAAGACAACAUCAGAGGAUGAACUACGGACAGAACUUGAAAAAUUUGGGAGUGUGGAUUCUAUAAAUAUGAUUCCACCAAGAGGGUGUGCAUUUGUUUGUAUGACUCGCCGCAAGGAAGCAUCAAAAGCGGUGGAUAGAAUGAAAGGACUGCUAUUGAAUGGGAGUGAAUUAAGGGUUGCCUGGGCACCGGGGAUAGGGGUGAAGGAAUCAAUGUUCAAGGAUAAAUGGGAUGUGGAGGUGGGGGCUACCUACAUUCCCUGGAGUGACCUUCCGGAGGAUCUGUCUGGUCUGAUUGAGGGAGGAAUCAUUGAUGAGGAUUCUCUGCCAGAGAAUCUGAAGGGAAUGACCUUAGGAAGGGAGAAGCCUGAUGCAGUGGAGGAGCCCCCACAGCAGCAACAACCACUGAUGAACAGCCAGAUGCCCCCCACCCAGGCCCCACCCCUACAGCCUGUCAACAUGCCCCCAGGAGGACCACCACCAGGAACCAUGCCACCCCCUAUGCCUUCUGCAGGAGUUAUGCCACAGGGAAUGCUGCCGAGGAUGAAUAUGAUGCCACAAAUGGUUAUGCAGGGAGGUAUGCCACCACCCCAGAUCUCUGGAAUGCCCCCUGCUGUCCCAUCAGCCCCUAUGUCAGUGAGCACAGGAAUUCCCCCACUCCCAGGUCAAGCUGGAAUGAUUCCUCUUCCUGCUGGAAUGCCGCCUGGAGGAAUGCCCCAAGUUGUGCGACAGCCUGCAUCAGUAGUUACCACUGGUAUACCAUUUACACAGAAUAUGCCUACCAUGGGAACCCAGCCAAUGCUUGCUGUACAACGUCCAGGAUUACCUCCAGCAGCUACAUUUCAAAGGUUUCCUUUGCCGCCUCAGGGAUUUCUAAGACCUCCUCAGCCAAACUUUGAUCCAAUGAAGCCUGCAAUGCCAGGGUCAAACCGACCCCCAUUUGAUGCAGGUCAGGAACCCAAAGAUAAACCCCCCAUGCUAGGACAAGAUUGGCAGCAGAAGUCUGACUUUAAUGCAGGUGAAAGUAUGGAUUUAGAAGAGCCCGAAACGAAACCUGGAAAGAAAUCAAGAUUUAGCGAUGCUACUCCCCCUGAUCCUUUUAGCAGUCAGGGUGGUCCCCCAGUGGGACCAGGAAUUGGAAUGAUUGGGCAGAUGAGACCACCAAUGGGGGGAGGAAUGGGUCCCCCUGGUGGAAUGAGGGGACCCCGACCACUUAUGGACGCAGGAGGGCCAAACAUGGGGCCUCGAGGCCCUCCAGAAGGACAGAAUAGAUUUAAUUCCCCCAACAUGAUGGGAGGGCCACAGAGGGGUGGAUUUGGAGGUCCAGGUGGUCCACCAGGGUUCAGAGGAAAUAGACCAUUCCAAAGAUUUCCUGGACAGUUCAUGAGGCCUGGAUUUAGGGGACCUCCAGGGGAUAUGAUGAGGCCCCCAUUUGAAGGUCCAGGAGGUGAAGAAGGAAAUGAAAUGGACAAACCUAUUGAUGACCAAGAUAGUGAUCAUAAACGCAGGAAUUCUGGAGAUCGUUGGAGAGAUGACAGGGAUGAUGAUCGAGAUGGCGGUGACUAUAGAGACUACAGAAGGGACGACUGGAGGGGAGGAAGAGGUCGAGGCAGGGGACGAGAUUUUGGUGGCCGAGGAGGACGUCGAGAUUUUGAUCGUCGAGACAGAAAUCGUGAUGAUAGAGGUGGCAGAGAUAGAGACUAUGAUAGAGACCGAGAUAGGAGGAAUAGAGAUAGAGGUGACAGUUACAGAGAUAGAGAUGAUGGUUAUAGAAGUAGAGAUGAUGGAUUCAGGGAUCGAGGCCGAGACCGUGACAGAGAGGAUCGAGGAGAAUGGCACCAAAGGACUGAGGAGGAGAGAUCAAACAGUAGAAAGGAAGCCCUGGGGUGGGGAAGUGCUCUGGAGGAGAUGAUGAAGAAUGUGGUUAUCCCUCCACCUGGAGGCAAGAGUGAAAAUACUGACAAAGGUCCGGCAGAGGAGAUAGGUCUACCUCCUGCUGCUGUUCCUCCUCCCCCCAAGGAAACAGAUAGUGCAGGGCAAAGCAGUGAACCAGAACCUGUAGCACCUGUUGAACCUGUAGCAUCUGUUGAACCUGUAGCAGCUGUUGAACCUGUAGCACCUGUGGAACCUGCCUCUAAAAGUGUGAAAAUAAACGGACCAGAAGUGACAAGUAAAAGUGUUCCAAAUGGUGAGGAAUUGACCUCAGCCCCUGAAUCAGACUCAGUGACAGAAAAAAAGGAAAAGGUGGCGGGGGAUCUGGAGGAGGGGGAGAUUGAGUGAUGUCAGUGUUAAUUAGGUGUCUCUGAGUUUUGUUUGGUUCAUUAUGCAGCAAGUGCGAGACAUGUUACAUCUGAUCUCCUUUGUGAUUGUGUGAAUUCUGGAUACUAGUGUUCAAUUGCAGUUCAUUAAUACAUAUAAUUAUUCUGUGAAGUCUGUUUAAUUAAUAGUAAGAUGUUUUGUGUUUAAAAUAUAUUUUGAUCUAUAGCUGACUUAAAAAGAAAACUUAAAAUAUGCAGAUUGAUAAUUAUGAAGAUUCUAUUUUGAAUGUACAGUCAAGUAUUUAAGAAUUUUGUCCACAUUUUUUGAAAAGUUUUCCCUGAUCAUACAUGUAUUUUGAAUAUAUGUAUAUAUUCUUAAGUUCCUAAUGUAUUAAUUUAAGAUGUCAUUAAUUUCUGAGAAGAGUACCAAACUAUACAAUGUUUGUAUUGAAUUAUUCCACAAUCUAUUGUUGAGUUUUUCCACAUGUAAAUAUCCUCAUUUUUAUCUUGUUCACAAAAUUUUUAUAUGAUGUGGAGAAUUUUUUUUUUACCAUGUUGAAUGUUUUUAUGAAAGUGGGAGAGGAAGGUUUAGCAUGUAAUGUAAGGAAGUGUCUGAAUGAUGUGUGCUAAACAUAGUGGUUAUUUACAAACCACAAAAAAUAAAAAGACAAAUUCUAACCAUGGCUUUGUAGAAUUUUGUUAAGUUUGCUUUUUCCCAAUUACCAAUUGCAGUAUCUUCAAAACUGUAGUUCUAGAAUAUUCAGACAAAUGAUGGAAUAUAUUAAUGCACAAAGUAAGGAGAGAAAAGAAAAUAAGAAAAGCUUUCAAUCUCUGAGAGCGUGACUGGACUGCUAUAUUAACUGAAUUGGAUCCAGGUUUAUUAAUAUUCUAUAAAUUAUGGAUUUAAAGUGUCUGUACAUGUCUAUUACAUCAGAAUAAUCAUGAUCAGGUAACGUAAUUCUGAAGAAGAGGAGCAUGGACAAAUCUACCGGAAACAUGGACCGGAAGUGGCUGGUUACGGAUGGUAACGGUUUGUACCGUGAACUUUUUGACUAUUAUAUUUUAUAGUAUUCUGUUGUGUAUUUUAUGUAGAUAACAUGUGAUAAGAAUAUAAGGAUUGUGUUUUUUGGAUGUAUUUGGCUUUUCAUUGUCAACUGGAAAGUUAAAUUCAAAAUCAUUUCGCACGAAAUUAAAGAAAAGAAACUUCU